AUGGAUCCAUAUUACUAUGCGUUGUACCAACAACAGCAACAACAAGCAGCAGCAGCAGCGGCGGCACAACAACAACAAAUGGGGGGAUAUGUCGACCCGCAACAAUCUACCUAUGACCCACACUACGGACCGUCCUACGUCGAUCCUACCUACUCGACGACCGGUCAGCAAGUUGCACAGCCAACACCAACCUCCAAUGUAGACCCAUACAACUAUUCCUAUGGUAAUACCAGUGCCACUACAAAUACAUCAUCAUACGACUCUUCUGCAGGAGUGUCCUCUCAAUCAACAUCAUAUUAUGAUCCAAAUGCUACUUCUUCAUAUAGUCAACACCAAGGAUAUGAUCAAAAUGCAAAUGCCAAUUAUUACCAACAACAGACAACACCAACCCAAACAUCACCAGGAUCAGAUCCAUAUGGGUAUAAUCAACAACAACAACAAGGAGGAUAUGGUAAUACAUCACCAAGUGGUAAUACUAGUCCAAAUUCAGUUGCACAUCAAGCUACUUCUUAUGAACAGUCAUUUGGAACUCAAUCAAGGGCAUCUGCAAAACGUAAUGCCAUGUUGAACAACAAUAAUGUCAAUAAUAUUAAUUAUUCUGCUUCCACUCCGGCAUUAUCUUAUGAUCAACAACAGAGUUAUGAUCAACAACAACAACAACAACAAACCUAUCAACAACCACAACAGCAACAAACUAAUAAUUAUUCAUCAACUCCAACAUUAUCUUAUGAUCAACAACAGAGUUAUGAUCAACAACAACAACAAACCACAAGACAACAAAAUAGAUUAUCACAACAAUAUCAAUAUCCACCUACUACUACUACUACCUCAACACCAACUAGUUUAACUACUUCUGCUACUAAUCAAUAUGAUAAUUACUAUCAACAACCAUUGGAUCAAUCUCAAACUCAAUCAAGUCAAUCAAAUUAUCUAAAUCCAUCACCAACAUUGACAAGAACCAAUUCAAAUAGAAUCUCGACAGAAUAUACUCAACAACAAUUGGAUCAAUACAAUGAAUACUGGAGACACUAUUAUGAACAACAAAGACAACAAGAAGUGGACCAAGAGAAACAACGUGACCAAGAGAGAGAGAGAAUCGAGCAACAACAACGAGACGAAUACAACCGUUUGCAAAGUGAACUGGCCAAACAACGUGACGAGGUGGAGCGAAUGAAGCAACAACUUCAACAACAACAACAAGCUCAAAUGGCCAAGGGAGAGGAAUCCAAGAAACAACUCGAAGCUGAACGUCAACGUAUUAUCGACUGGCAACAAGAGGAAAUGAAGAGACAAAUGUAUGAAGUACAAAAGGAACGAGAGUUGGCUAGAAAGCACGAGGAGGAAGUCCGUGCAUCACUGGCAGAGGAGCAAAGACAGUCGCAAGAAAAGUUGACCACCCAACGAUACCAAUUGCAACAACAACAAACUCAAAUCGAACAAAAGAUGAGAGACGACGAGUCGCGUAGACAAGACUAUGAAAAGAGACAGUAUGAAGAGACGAGAAAGCGUGAGCAAAUGAUCGACCAACACCAUCAAGAACUCGCGCAACAAAUCAAGCGAUCUGAAGAACUGUCAAAGAGCAAGCAACGUGAAGAGUACCAAAAACAACAAGAAGAGAUCAAGAAAAGACAAGAAGAGAUUGAAAAGGAGAAACAAUCACUCGAAGAUAAAAAGAAAAAAGAGGAACAAGAACGUGAAGAGAAACGUAAAGAAGCUGAAAAGGGUAGACUACUCGAACAAAAGAGAUUAAAGGAUCAAGAGGAAAUGCUUCGUCGUGAACAAGAACUAUUGGAUAUUCAAAAAAAGGAUUUAAAGAUUCAACAACAAGAAGCAAAAUCUCAAAUAGAUUCUUUACAACCAAUGAGAGAUAUGUUAAAUUCUUUACAAUUACAACAACAAACAGGACAAGGACAAGGAGUAGUGAAACCAGCUUUACCAUUAUCACCACCUCCAACAGUUCAACCAGUUGCGUCUACUCCAACACUCCCACCAAGACCAGCAAAUAAUUGGGAUAAACCUGUUGCUCCACUUAAUCGUCCACCUUCAAUGAUGGGAUUAAAGUCGCCACCUGCCAAAUCAGCACCAAAGCCACCUGCCAAAUCACCACCUCCCCCACCUAGAUUCCCAAACCUCGAUAUGAAUGCUAUUGUCGAUGGUUAUAGAAUCGGUGAUGUAGUAAGAGCUCAAAGAGCAUCUCGUAAAUGGUUAAGUAGAAGAAAGUUUAGACAAAUCGUCGAAUUAAAACUUAGAGCUACCGAUCCAGAAACUGAAACACUUAGAAAGAGAUACAAAGCAGUUAAUGAAGUUUAUUCAACUGAAGUAUCUUAUUUAAAUUCUUUAUUAGUUUUACAAAAUUUUUAUUUUAUUCCAAUGGAAGUAGAGGCAAAAGUUACAAAAGCAUUCAAAUCUGAAGAGAUUCAAAAGAUCUUUUCAAAUCUACGUAGUUUAAUUACUCUUAGUAAUAAUUUCCUUCAUGAAUUUGAAGCUAGACUUUCACAUUUUCCCAUUACCGUUGGUGAUGUUUUCGUUAAAUAUGCUCCACUCUUUAAGCUCUAUGUCGAAUAUGUCAACAACUUUGACACUGUCACUCCAAAAGUUAAACUCAUCCAGGAAACCCCUCAAGGCUCUAAAUUCUUUACCGAACAGAAAAAGAAAUCAAGAGCUACCGCUGACAUUAAUAGUUUAUUAAUUAUGCCAGUUCAAAGAAUUCCAAGAUAUGAAUUAUUAUUAAGAGAAAUUUUAAAAAAUACUCAUGAAGAUCAUGUUGAAUAUAAAAGUAUUGAUUCAGCUUAUCAAUCAAUGAAAAAUAUAACCAAAUAUAUUAAUGAUAGAAAGAAGAAUGUUGAUAAUAGAUCUAAAUUAUCUGAAAUUCAAAAGGAAAUGAAAAAUGCUCCUGAAUUGCUUGCAUCACAUAGAUAUUUUGUUAGAGAAGGUCAAUGUGUAGUUUCAUCAACUAAAAAACAUGAAUCUGGUAACUUUAGUCUUAUGUUUUUCAAUGAUAUGAUUAUUGCUACCAAAAAGACUAGUAUCUUUUCAUCUUACAAGUAUGAAUAUCUUUAUACUAUUAGUUUAAUGAACUCUGAAAUCAAAGAUAUUGAAUCAACUGAUGCAAUGAUCCGUAUUGUUAGAGGUAAAUUAGAUUCAAUUGAUGUAGUUAUGUAUACUCUUUGUUUCAAUAGUAAAAAGGAAAAGGAUCAAUGGUAUGAUGACCUCACCAAUGAAGUAUCAUUGAAACAGAAUAUGAUCAAAAUCCAAAAUUAA